GCCUGCCCUCAACAGUCACACUAUGUCGCUCCCAAGAACUUCACCGAAGGAGAGAAGGAGGAAAGAAGGCAAGAGUAGGGGAAAGAAGGAAUGGAAAGGGGAGGAAGGUUGUGGAUGCAGGGCCCCACUGCAAUUUCAGGACAGCACGGCAAUAUCACAACAGCCUGAGCA